AUGCGCUGCAGCUCUGUCCACCGCCAGUCGUGGGACAGAGUGCCGGGCUCCUCCCCUUGCAAGCCUGGCCCUUCUCCCCGCCUCCUCCGGCCCGGGGUCCGCGUGGCGGGGCGCGCGCGCACUGGGGCUCGGCGGCUGCUGGUCUCCCAGGCCGCGGCAGUGAGAGGAGAGGGCGGGGCUGAGUCCUUCGCUGCCCCGCCCCCUUUGGCCCGGCGUCCCUACCGCGCCUGCGCGCUCCCGCCCGAAUCUUUCAGCUAUUCUCGGAAGAGAGAAGGGAGAGAGAGGAGGCCGGGGCGGGAGUGGGGACUGUCACCCUCGGACCCCGGCGUGAGAGGGGCCGUGCGGCCGGACGUCCUCGGGGUGGGCCCCCAGUCGGUGGCCGAAGACCUAGGGCUCAGGCUCCUGGGUCCCAAAUUUCCAGGCUUUGCCCCUCGCUUCUCAGAUACCCGGGUGUCAGUUCUCAUAGUCCAGAUAUCCGGGACUCGGGUCCCAAUCUCUCUAAACCUGGGUCUCUGUUUCAUAGAAUUUCAAAUAUCGGGUUCAGGCCCCUGCGUGCACCAGUAUCCGGGGUUCAUUCCCCAGGCGUUCAAAUAUCGGAUUCAGUCUCCAUCCCGUUCAAAUAUUCGGGGUUCAGACCCCGCAAUCAGAAAUCCGGAAUUCGGCAGCUGUCGCCCUCGAGGAGGGGGAGGACUGGACCGCGAGGUCAGAUUAGGUUGUCACCCCCUCCCCUCCAGGGGAGGCUUCCCGGGCCCGCCCCUCAGGAAGGGCGAAAGCCGAGGAAGAGGUGGCAAGGGGAAAGGUCUCCUUGCCCCUCUCCCUACUUGGCAGAGCCGCUGGAGGACCCCAGGCGGAAGCGGAGGCGCUGGGGCACCAUAGUGACCCCUACCAG